ACCCGCCUUCCAUGUCGGCGCUCGAGAAGAGCAUGCACCUCGGCCGCCUGCCCUCGCGCCCUCCGCUCCCCGGCGGCGGCGGCGGCCAGAGCGGAGCCAAGAUGCGAAUGGGCCCUGGAAGAAAGCGAGACUUUUCUCCUGUUUCUUGGAGUCAGUACUUUGAGUCCAUGGAAGAUGUAGAAGUAGAGAAUGAAACUGGAAAGGAUACUUUUCGAGUUUAUAAGAGUGGUUCAGAGGGUCCAGUGCUGCUACUCCUGCAUGGAGGAGGCCAUUCUGCCCUUUCCUGGGCUGUAUUCACGGCAGCAAUCAUUAGUAGAGUUCAGUGUAGAAUUGUGGCUUUGGAUCUGCGAGGGCAUGGUGAAACAAAAGUAAAGAACUCUGAAGACCUAUCUGCAGAAACAAUGGCAAAAGAUGUUUGCAAUGUGGUUGAAGCCAUGUAUGGGGACCUCCCUCCUCCAAUUAUGUUGAUUGGACAUAGCAUGGGUGGCGCUAUUGCCGUUCACACAGCAUCAUCCAAUCUAGUGCCAAGCCUUCUGGGUUUGUGUAUGAUUGAUGUGGUAGAAGGUACAGCCAUGGAUGCACUCAAUAGCAUGCAGAACUUCUUACGUGGUCGUCCUAAAACCUUCACGUCUCUAGAGAAUGCCAUUGAGUGGAGUGUGAAGAGUGGCCAGAUUCGAAAUUUGGAGUCUGCCCGUGUAUCAAUGGUUGGCCAAGUUAAACAGUGUGAAGGAAUUACAAGUCCAGAAUGCUCAAAAUCUAUAGUGGAAGGAAUUAUAGAGGAAGAAGAAGAGGAUGAGGAAGGAAGUGAAUCAGUAAACAAGAGGAAAAAGGAAGAUGACAUUGAGACCAAGAAAGAUCAUCCAUAUACUUGGAGAAUUGAACUGGCAAAAACAGAAAAAUACUGGGAUGGCUGGUUCCGAGGCUUAUCCAAUCUCUUUCUUAGUUGUCCUAUUCCUAAAUUGCUGCUCUUGGCUGGUGUUGAUAGAUUGGAUAAAGAUCUGACUAUUGGUCAAAUGCAAGGGAAGUUUCAGAUGCAGGUCCUACCCCAGUGUGGUCAUGCAGUCCAUGAAGAUGCCCCAGACAAGGUAGCUGAAGCUGUUGCUGCUUUCCUGAUUCGGCACAGGUUUGCAGAGCCUAUCGGUGGAUUUCAGUGUGUGUUUCCUGGCUGUUAGUGACUUGCUGUCCAUCCUUCCCUCCUUCAACAUUGAGCUGUUAUAAAUACAUUGCACCAGAGGCCACUGUGAUGCCGCUGUCUCCUUACCACCCUGCCCAGCCACGUGACACCGGCUCCCUGUAGAUGGGCAUCCCCAGAUAUAUGAAUCCUUGUGUGUGUUCCUGCCAAAUGCAUUGUUUUUCAGGGUCCUUGACCGUCGCUGGCCUCCCCAGCCAAGGUCCCCAGCUCCAACUCUGGCCCUGAGUGGGAGCUCCUGCCUGUUCUCCCUGCCUUGCCAAGGGUGAAGCCACUGUCAGAACUGCUACCCUGGGCCUCUUUUCCUGGCACUGGUCAAUGCACCUGGGUCCACAUGUCUCCCCAGACUCAGGGACCUCCAUUCCUUGGAAUUGUUCUUACCAUGGCCCUGCCCUGCCUUACAGGAUAGACCAUGAACGGGUUGGUUAUUUUUUUUUCUUUUAAACAAUACCAGUCAGGUAAAUUUUUAUCCUAGUCUUACUCUUCCAGAGAGGCCCAAAUCCCUCUCUCUCUCUCUCUUUUUUAUUUUUACGGGGGGGGGGGGGGUGGAGAGCAUCACAAAAAACCAGCUGAAAAUCGGGUCCAGCCAGUUGAAGCACACGGCCUCCCAUGUGGGAGCAUCCCCUAUCCCAUCCCACUGGGCAUCUGCCUGGGCUGAGGCCAGAUUGCUCCAGGGCCCCCUCACCUGCCACAGUGCAAUCUGGGUUAAGUAUAGCCCAUGCACAAAGCCACAGCCUAAAGCUGUGCCAUUGUUUUUCAUCAUUGGUCCCUGGAGGUAUGCAGAGUGCCCACUUGCCUCUUCUAGACCCAUAGCUUAUCUUCACUUGUGAAAUCCAUGUCACUCUUCAUAGAACAGCCCAGCAUCCUCAAUCUUUGCCUUUUUUUCAACUGCUUCAUCACAGCAGUGCAACCCCCCCCCCCCCCAGCACCACUUUCCAGGCAGGAGGGAAGCUCUGAAGACCCAUCAUUCCUGUGUGCUGCAAAAGACAUGCUGUCCACUGUCACCCAACAAUCUCCUCUCCCUGUCCUGCUGCACGGUCUGGAGUCUGGGACCUACUUUAUUUGUUAUUUAUGACCUUGUUUAAAGAAAAUAAAUAUCUCUCAACCUUUA